GAGGAAUUUUGCGUGUAUUCCAGAAAAUACAUCGAGUUUACAUUACACAUUUCAAGAUGAAACGUAUGCAAGAUCGCGAAAAUUCUCCCCGGAGUAAAAGAUCGCGCUCAGGUUAUCCUGGACUUGAUCAUGAAUCCUCUAGAGACAGGAUGUCCCCAGACAUGGACAGGCGAGAUAGCCGGGGACGCGAGCCCAAACCAAAACCUUACAGAGAUUUUGAUCAUGAUCUUGGACCAAUGCCUAGAGGUAACAAAUAUCAUGAUAGGAUGGGGGACGGUUUUGGACCUGCAAGAUCGGAAGUGAGAGGACCAGAAUACAGAUCUUUGUGUUUAAGUAACAUUUCUAGUAAAAUACCUGACGCUGUUUUGAAAGAUAAUUUAUACCACGAAUUUAAGAAAUUUGGCGAAUUUAAUGUGAACGUUACAUUUACGGGGGAUCAGAGAGUUGCGUACAUCAACUUUCGUUACCCUGAAGAUGCUAGAGCUGCAAAACACAACAAAUCAAAAUUGAUUGUAUUUGACCGACCAGUCCGUGUUGAUCCCGUUUUCCAUAGACGCCGUAGUAGUAGUCCUAAUACUGACAUGGGUCGAGAUUAUGGAGGCCCCAGCAAAGGGUAUGGACACAACUCUCCACCCAUGCAAUAUGGAGGAAUGCGUGGGGAUGGUAUGGGAAGAGGAGGUGGUAACAGACGUCAGAAUAUGGGACGUGGAUAUUUCACAAACCAAGACGAUAUGCCUCCACCAAUGAGAUCAAUGGACAGGGAUAAUUAUCAACCACAGCAUUUUCAUAAAGAAGGUGGUGUAAGGAAAGCACCAAAUGAAAAGUUCCCCUAUCACUUGGAUCAUAUAAAUCCAGAAGAUGAUAUUAAGGCAACCAGAACACUGUUUGUUGGUAAUCUGGAUUACAACAUUGACCUAAUGGAAUUGCGACAGAUUUUUGAGAGAUAUGGUGCUAUUGAAGAUAUUGAUGUGAAGAGACCACAGAGAGGACAAGGAAAUGCUUAUGCAUUUCUGAAAUACAUGAACCUGGAUUGUGCCCAUCGAGCAAAAGUAGAGAUGUCUGGACAGUACAUUGGAAGAUUUCAGUGCAAAAUAGGUUAUGGAAAAGUAACUCCUACUACAUGUUUGUGGGUUGGAGGCUUAGGACCUUGGGUGACUCAUCAAGCAUUAGAACGUGAAUUUGAUAGAUUUGGUGUAAUUGAUAGGAUUGAGUGGCCACAUAGUAAAAAUUAUGCAUAUGUGUUGUAUGACAACAUUGAUGCUGCUACAGCUGCCUGCCAAGAAAUGAGAGGAUUUCCUUUGGGGGAUUCAAAUAGAAGAUUAAGGGUUGAUUUUGCAGAUGUAAGUCAUAUCCAAAGUUCACCAAGACCAAACGAUCCACCAUCUCCUGAUGGUAGAGACAUGGGUAGAAAUCCACAGUGGCGUCCACCUUAUGAUGGUCCAGGUGAACCAUCACAUCGAGAUGACUGGCCAAUGGAUGACAGGGGCCCAAAUCAGCGCAAUUUAGACCCAAGAGACAACAACCAGAGAGACAGAGGAAGAGAUAUGUGGGAGGGGGGUGACAGAAAUCGCCGUCCAAGAACACCAGAUGAGUUUAUGGAUCGACAACAUAGACGUUCAAAAAGCCAAGAGAACAAGUAUGACCAAAAGGAUCGUGAUGUAGGAAGGAACAGAGACAAUGGACGCCGUCCGAUGCAUUCGCAAGAAAGAGAUUUUAGUGAUGGUGAUCGUGGUGAUUCAAGACGUUUUGAUGACCGGAGAGUUUCCCAAGGGGAUAAAGAAACUGAAAAAGCAUUAGAGAUGGUAGAAAAUAUAGCAGAUAUGUCAAAGUGUUUACCAGCAGCAUGGAAUGGAGCUCUGAUUCUGAAGAGUAGUGCCUUUCCUGCAAGGAUGCAUGUGGUUGGUGGUAAUGUGACUUUGGUUGACAACAUGAUGAGAGACCCAUCUACGACAGAAACACCUGUCCUCAAAGUCAAGCAACGACUUAGACUAGAUCAGCCAAAAUUGGAAGAUGUUGGCCGCAGAGUGACCGGAGCUGGACCUCGUGGUCACUGCAUUCUUCUAGCAUUGAGUGGUUCUCUUCAAAAUUAUGAAGACACUUCAGUUCAGCAAAGACCUCUGAAAAAUUUGGUGACAUAUCUACGACAGAAAGAUGCAGCUGGUGUGAUUUCUCUUCCAAAUUAUGACUCAAAAGACAAGGACAAUGUUGGUGUGCUAUAUGCAUUUCCUCCUUGUCAGUUUGGGUAUGACUAUCUCAUGACCAAGGCACCUAGACUUCCUCCAGAGCCCGCAGUUCAAGAUGACUACAUGGUCAUUGUUGUGAUUAGAGGAGCUGCAUAGCUUUAUCACCCAGUUAGUUAUAAGUUUAGUGUCUCAAUCAUUUAUAACAUUAGAAAUUUAGGGGGACUGUCAUUCAUGUCAUAAACUUAAUGUAGACUUUUUUUUGAUGCUGAACUGGUACUUAUAAACUAAUGAAUGAAAUGUUAUAUUGCAGAUGUGUAAAAUGUAAAAGAGUACAUUAAUUUACUUUUUUAUUUCAAUUUUUACAUAUACGUUGUUAUGUAGUUUUAAAAAAUCUUCAAUUGACCAAUAUACGAUUGUAUUACCUUAACAUUUUUAAGGUAAAUGAAACAAAAUCACAUUGUAAACCACUGACCGAGUUUGUAAUUGUGUAUUGUAAUGAAAAAUAUUUUGUCACCCUUUUUGGUUUGACAUCUGUUACUGUUAUAUAGAUGAUAUGGAAUUUAUUUAUUUAGUAUAAUGAGUAAACAAAUGUGAGGGCCGCAGUUAAUACAAUUAAACCUUUUUUAUUUACCAUUGACAGGAAGAUUUCAUAACUUAAUAUGGCAUAUUUCAUUGGUUGAAUUAAAUGAUUUCAAAUUAACUGUUCUAUACAUGUACAUCUGAUGGUCAAAAUAUGCAGUUAUGAUUAUGAAUAAGAAUGUUAUUUUUGAUUUUAACUUUUUCCGAUCAGAUAAUCUUAUUUUGUAUCGUUACGACAAUCAUGAAAUCAUGCUACAACCAUUAACGUUUAUCAAUUUGUACAUGUCUUUUUGGUCGUUUUUGUUUGAUAACAUCACAUACGAAGAAAAAAAUUCUUUUGGUAAUUUUUGAGGUUUUGAAAAAUACAUUUGACAGAAGCCUUAAAAUGGACCAUACUUUGUUGCAUUAAUGUUUUCAAAGCAAUUACUUUUUCUAUUUUAUCUCGUCCUUAAAAAUAGUUUAUAAUAGAACCAGUUCCAAAUUACAAGUUUUACAUUAUAUUAUUUUCUACAGUAAAAUCUUUUUCUUUUAGGAUGAACUGUGUUUAAAAAGAUUUAAGUUAAUAUAGAUUUGUAUGUUAGGUGUUUGUCUCAUUGUUUUGUGUAUGCAUACAGUUAUCAGGACAUCCAGUACAUCCUUGACUGAAAGCAUGCUUUUAACUCGUCAAAAUUUGUCUUUAUCCUUUAUAUUUGAGAAACACUCCAAAUUUUAGGAAAAUAUUGUAUUGCUCAAAAAUAUUUUAAAAACGAGAAGUCAAUAUAAAACUAGUAAUGGAUAAUCAGCUGAACUCAAUAUGACAACAUUUUAAAAGGUUUCAUGGAGUCUGAUAUCGGUAAUGUAUUUGAAGCUGUAGAAAAUUGCUUUUGUAAUGUUUGUUCCAAAUUCUGCUACAUAUAUUCAUUAUUGCAUAUAUUCAAUGAUGACAUGAUUUAAUGGCAUUUUCUAAACACUUUGAACAUUAUGAUGGAUGUAUGAUAUUUUGUAAAAUUAUUCCAUAAAGUAGGUCAACCUGUUGUCAACGACUGUAGCUGUCUCCCAGAAGAUUCUCUAGCACAGCCUCUGCUGUAGAAAAGCUGGUGCAGUUUGUUUGGAUACAACCUACAAAGUCACAGUGAAGGAGUGUGUGAAAGCUCAACAGUUACAAAAUUAUUUCAGUGGUCUGCCAUCAAGUGUGAUGUUUGGAAGUGUCCUAAUUUGUGCUUGGUGUACACAUUUUGUCUUGUGUAGCACAUAUAUCAUCAUAAGUUAUCUUCGGACUCUGUGAUACUUACAAGAGUAUCUAGGCAGAAAUACAACCAUCUUCCACGAAACAGACAUUUUAGUGUUUACCAGAUUCCAAGACAUUUCUUUAAGAAUUGAUGACAGUCCUCAGAGGUUUCUGAGACAUGCACACCAGCAUUCUAAUGAAGAAGUCAUAUUUUGUGUUUUAGUUAUUCACUUAUUGUGAUGAAGUACAUUGUGUUUUGAAGAUGAAGUGUUUCAUAUUCAUGAUCAACAUAUUGUGUAUUUGUGUUGAAAAGUUUCUUCAGUGAUCUUAAAAUGUAUGUCGUGCCCCAUGCCUGUGCCAAGAAUUUAGCUCAGCAACAAGAUUCCUUGCUUGUGUUUUAUAGUUCUUACGGAGUGAAAAGGAAAUUGUGUAGAGUAGUAACAAGUGGGCUGUUGAAAAUUAAUUCUCAGUUAAAAAGGGAGCUGAUUUUAAAAAUUCAACCAUUUUAAGUGAGAUUUGGAAGUGCACCUUCAGAUUUUGGCAACAUUUUGGAAGUUAAAAAUAGCUUUUAUUUUCCAAGAUGGAUUCCCAAAUUUUGCUUCUAAUUUUGGAGAAUUUUGACAUCCUUUUAAAUGUUUUAUGUGAAAAUAUUUUAAUGGAAAAAGGAAGUGAUUCUUGAGGGCGGUUGAAAUUGGCAGUGUCGAUCAAAAAGUAUUUUUUAUUCCAAACAAUUUAUUUGUGUAAAUAAUUUUACAACAGUCUCUUUGGUGACAAAGGAACCCCCAUGCCUGGAGGUUAUGAAUCGAGGAAUUCCAUUGAAAUCCUUGGAGAUUUGUGUUUGUGCAUACAAAGUCAUGUAUAAAAAUUCAAAUGUGUACAGAUUUUGUGAAAAGUGUAUAUUUACAUAAAAGGUGAUCAUCGUGUGCAUUUCAUGAAAAACCAUUGUACGUGUAGAUCGGAGGAAAUGUCUUGGCGGUGAAAAAUUAUUCAACUUGGUGUCAAUAUGUGAUGUCUCUGUGUAAUAAUGGCAUGUAUUGUACAAUUUUAGGAUAGAAUAAACAUCAAUUACACGAGG